GUUUUCUGCAUUGAAAGUUUUUUCUGAAUUUCUUGUGUAACUCAUCAAUGGAGGUUGAUGGUGGUGAUAAGAAUAAUGGAAAUCGAAAACGGAAAAGAGGGUCGUUGAAAAAAAAGCUUCUUGUUGAUGAAAAAGUUGAGUUGAGGAGUUUAGAGGAUGGUUUUCUAGGAUCAUGGCAUCCGGGGAAAAUUGUUCGCUGUGGGAGGAAGAAGCGAUAUGUGAAAUAUGACAAUAUUCUCAAUGAUGAUGAAUCAGACUAUCUUAUUGAAGUGGUGAACGUUUCUAGUGUUUUUGAUGGUGUUAAUCCUUUAUCUGGUUCAAAUUGUGUCUAUGAACGCGGUCUAAUUAGACCAUUGCCUCCUCCAAUUGAGUUACGGAUAAAGGAUCUUCCAUUUGGACUUUGUGUUGAUGUGAAUUAUCAAGAUGCUUGGUGGGAAGGUGUGAUAUUCGAUCACUGUGAUGGAACGAAGGAGAGGAGCAUAUUCUUCCCUGAUUUGGGUGAUGAAAUGAAGGUUGGAGUUAAACAAUUGAGGAUCACUCAGGAUUGGGAUGAAUCAACUGAGAAUUGGUUACCGAGAGGGAAAUGGGUUUUUCUUGAGUUGUUUGAGGAGUGUGAGAGGGUAUCCUAUGUUGCAGUCUCGGUGAAACAGAUUUGGUAUGAUGUUAGGAUGAGAAAAGAUUUUGCUGAAACCAUUAAAGAAUGGACUUGUAAUGUGAAGGAGUUGUGGAGAGAAAUGGUUGUUGAGGUGAUUGGUGAUUACUAUACCCUCACUCUAAACGAAGUUCGCCUUGCAUUAAACCUUCCGAAGAAUUUACUCGAAGGAGGGUCAUCUGAACCAUCUGAUAAUGUUCAUUGUUAUGCUGCUAGUCAUGGUAAUGAAAUUGGUUCUGACAUUGAAAUAGCUAAUAGGCCCAAGGAAAAUGGUGACUCCCCAAACAUGUUGGAUGUUGAUCAAAACUGUGGUAGCACUAGCCCCAUUCCUUUGGUGGAUGGGGAAGUUGAGAAGGAAAGUGUUUUACAUGAAGAGUCCGAAUCACCAAAAGAAAUUUCCUGUGCUAAUGUAUUAGAUUCAGAUAAAAACCGAAGACGCAGACGCUCUACGUCAAUAAAUUGGAGACCUUUGGUAUUGUCUGAAGUUGAAUUCUGUCCUGAAGUUAUUAAUGAGUAUGCAGUUGGAUGCAGGAGCAAGACGGUUCGAGAACUUUUGAAGACGAAAGUUAGAAAACAUCUUGCUUAUCUUGGAUGGACAAUUGAAUGGACCGAAAACAAUUGUCCUCAAAAUAGACGGUACCGGUACAAGUCACCGGAUAUACGUGACCCGAAGUUUUACACUUCAAUUUUUCAGGUUACUAAAGUUUUGGAAGAUGGUUCCAGCAUGAACUUUGUGCCACCCCAAAUUGACAGUAAUAUUUCACAUCUGCUAACUGAUUCGCAACAAAUGAACCGAGAUUUAGAUGUUUGUCCUCCAACUAAGGAUCCUUCUACAGUUAAUAUUCAAUCUGAGCCUGAAUUAUGUCCUCUAGCCAUCGUGAAAUACUACUUUCACUCAUUAGAGAGAAACUCGGCUGAUAAGAGAAAAUGGAAGUUGAAAGCGAAAAAACAUCUGUUAGCAGAAGGAUGGAUCUUUGACUACCCAACUGAAAGAAGGAAGACAACUUUGUACAAGUCUCCACAAAAUCAGUGUUUAGGUACACUUCAAGGUGCAUGCAGACUAUACCUUAAAGAAAAAAUUCCUGAAUGGACUAAUUCUGAUCAAGUUAAUGGUGAUGAUCUAUUGCCGAGUGUGUUCCAAUUGCUUCAAAAAGAGCCUGAAUUACAUACUAUAGAUGGUACACCACCAACUGCAAAGAGAAACCAUAAACGCACAAGGACUUCAAAGGGUAGCGCACAAAAGGGCAUAGAGAAUGAAGUACCUACCCGGGUGCUAAGAUCAAGCAAGAGGGUGCAGAAGGUUUUGGGUUUGUCACAUCAAAAGCCUCAAAAUGUUCUGUCUUGGUUAAUAGAUUACAACAUUGUGUUACCAAAAUACAAGGUCUUUUACCGGGAAACAGAAGGAGAAGGAAACUCCCCCAUGGUUGAGGGAAGGAUAACUCGUGAAGGAAUCAAAUGCAGCUGUUGUCAGAACAUAUAUGGACUCAGUGGCUUUGCAAACCAUGCCGGUGGAAGCAGUACCUGCUGGCCUUCGGCUUGUAUCUUUUUGAAGGAUGGUAGGUCAUUGUUAGAUUGCAUGAGGGAAGUAAUGCAAGAUCACAGGGCAAGGGAAGUCAUGGAGAAACCGUGCAAUUAUAUGUUUGAAGGCGAAAAUGACAACAUUUGUUCUGUUUGUAAUUACGGCGGUGAACUUAUUUUAUGCGACCAAUGCCCCUCAGCAUUUCAUAAGAAUUGUCUGAAUUUGGAGGACAUCCCUGAUGGUGAUUGGUUUUGUCCAUCAUGCCGUUGCGGGAUUUGCGGCCAAAACAAAAUUGAAAAGACUGAGGAUGGACAUUUUCUCACUUGCAUUCAGUGUGAACAUAAAUAUCAUGUUCAGUGCCUCAGAAAUAAAGAAAAAGAUAAUUCAAGACGAUACCAGGAAAAUUGGUUUUGUGGAGAAGAGUGUGAAAGGGUAUAUAAGGGGCUCCAAAAUCUGUUGGGAAAGCCGGUUCUAGUGGGUGAGGACAAUCUAACUUGGACAUUGGUGAAGUAUGUCAACUCUGAGAAUAGUGGUGUUGGCAGUGCUGAAAAUGACUUAGUAGCAGAGAGUUACACUAAACUCAGUGUUGCACUUUCGGUGAUGCAUGAAUGUUUUGAGCCGUUACAUAACUCGUUCUCUAGGAGGGAUAUCGUGGAAGAUGUUAUAUUCAACCAAAGGUCUGAGCUCAACCGGUUGAAUUUCCAGGGUUUCUAUACCGUACUUCUAGAGAGAAAUGAAGAGUUGAUUAGUGUGGCAACUAUUAGGAUAUUUGGAGAGAAGGUAGCAGAAGUACCCCUUGUCGGUACAAGAUUCCAGUAUCGCCGACUUGGAAUGUGUCGUGUUUUAAUGGAUGAGCUUGAAAAGAAACUAAAGCAACUUGGAGUGGAGAGACUGGUUCUACCUGCUGUUCCUGGUGUGCUAGAAACUUGGACCAGUUCUUUUGGUUUUAAGCAGAUGACAAACUUCGAGCGAUCGCAGUUUUUGGACUACUCGUUCCUAGAUUUCCAAGGAACAGUGAUGUGUCAGAAACUGUUGUCAAGACACCCAUCUCCUGAUUCAGAUGUGACUAGAGACGCAACAACGCCAAAACAAGAUGGAAGCUUUUCUGUAAAAUGUAAAAUUAAUUUUGAAACGGCUAGUCCAGUCGCUGAAGUGGAUCAAAUGGAAGGGAUUGGCGAAAGUGGGAUAAUGGACUUACAAGUUUGGAGACCAAACCCUAAUUCUUAGACAAACAAGAAGAUAAAUUAGAUUUAUUGUAGAAGAAAACUGCAUGUGAACAAUUAUGUUGAAUGUAAAGUAGGAACUUUAGUCUUUAGGCUAAGUUUAUUUUCCUGAGAAUUUGAUGUAUGAUCUUUGAGAUAAUUUCAGGGGCAUAUCAAAUAUGUGACAGUGAUAUUAACUUGUCACAUGUUUGAAAAAUAAUCUAAGGUCUUAUUGACAUGAUUAAUUAAUGUACUGUACUAUUGGUGUUGUGGGAUUUUUCCUAA